AUGGCUCCUCGAGCCCUUCGAGCCUCCACGACCGUCCCGUUCUCAUUGAUACGUGCAGCACCGGCGGCGUCAAUCUCGUCUUCCUCGUCGAAAUCAGCUACCUCAGCCACUCCUGCCACUAUCUCCAGCGAUGCCACGCGGUUACCUGUGACGGGUGGCAUCCGUCGCGAAGUGCCGCUCGCAUCACAAGAGAAGAAACAAGGGGCCAUGCAAUAUGCCCUCACUACACUCGAUCAAAUUGCCAAUUGGGCGCGGCAGGGCUCGUUUUGGCCACUCACCUUCGGUCUUGCUUGCUGUGCCGUAGAAAUGAUGCACCUCUCUACACCGCGGUAUGAUCAGGAUCGAUUGGGAAUUAUCUUUCGGGCGUCUCCGCGACAAAGUGACGUGAUGAUUGUAGCUGGCACUCUGACAAACAAGAUGGCUCCGGCUUUGAGACAAGUAUACGAUCAAAUGCCCGAGCCGAGAUGGGUCAUCAGUAUGGGCAGCUGUGCCAAUGGCGGUGGCUACUAUCACUACAGCUACAGUGUCGUCCGAGGAUGUGACCGCAUCGUCCCCGUGGACAUAUACGUGCCUGGAUGCCCUCCGACCAGUGAGGCGCUGAUGUAUGGUGUUUUUCAGUUACAGAAGAAGAUGCGGAAUACUCGAAUCACAAGGCUGUGGUACAGAAAAUAG